AGGACGAGGCUACCGGUAUGAAUUCUCCACACCCUGUCCCCGGCAUUUUCCAGAUGACACACCUGCCUGAUCAAAGCGAACAAGUAGAUGCCCACAAGCAUAGUUUCUCAUCUUGGAAAACAUAAAGCUUCCUAAAGGCUCCAGUGUCCCUGUUUGUAAAAUGAGGGCUUGGAUUGGCUGGUCUCUAAAGUCCCUUCCAGGAUUGAUGCUCUGGGAUUCUGUGAAGUGUGAAGACUGCAGACAUCAGGGGAAGGAAGCAGGUAAAUGGAAGAGCUGGAGGCCAGCUUAUUCCAGACACGGAAAGCCCAGAGAAUAGAACAAAUGGUGGCAAGAUGGCUCCGGCGCUCCCGGGACAGCUCGGCCCGGGCUAAAGUUGCCACAGCUGACGGGCCCCCCGGGAUCCCAACCCAGACCGUCAUCCCUGUGAAACACACAGUAAAAAUAGACAAAGACACCCUCCUCCAGGACUAUGGAUUUCACGUUUCCGAGAGCCUUCCCCUCACGGUGGUGUCCGUCACAGCAGGGGGCUCUGCUCACGGUAAACUUUUCCCCGGUGAUCAGAUCCUCCAGAUGAAUGACGAGCCUGCCGAAGACCUUUCCUGUGAAGGAGCAGUCAACAUUCUGAGGGAAGCUGGAGAUUCUCUUUCAAUCACGGUUGUUCGCUGCACAUCGGGAGUCCCCAAGUCCUCCUUCCUGACAGAAGAGAAGCGAGCCCGGCUGAAGACCAACCCCGUGAAGGUGCACUUUGCGGAGGAGGUGCUCGUCAGCGGACACAGCCAGGGUAAUUCUCUGCUGUGUAUGCCCAACGUGCUCAAGUUGUACCUGGAGAAUGGACAGACCAAAGCUUUCAAGUUUGAGGCACACACGACUGUGAAGGACAUCAUCCUCACGGUGAAGGAGAAGCUGUCGAUCCGAAGCACAGAGUACUUCGCGCUGGUCCUGGAGGAGCAGUACAAUGUCUCACGGCUACACCUGCUGCAUGAGGAGGAGCUCAUCCAGCAGGUGGUGGAAAGGGAGGAGUCACAUGACUGCCGCUGCCUCUUCCGGGUUUGUUUCGUCCCCAGGGACCCCCUGGACCUCCUGAAAGAAGACCCUGUGGCCUUCGAAUACCUCUAUCUGCAGAGCUGCAGCGAUGUGCUCCAGGAGCGCUUUGCGGUUGAAAUGAAGUGCAGCUCGGCGCUCCGGCUGGCAGCCCUGCACAUCCAGGAGCGGAUGUACGCGUGUGCACAGCCGCAGAAGAUCUCUUUGAAGUACAUAGAGAAGGAUUGGGGAAUCGAGAACUUUAUAUCUCCAACUUUACUACGAAACAUGAAAGGAAAAGACAUCAAGAAAGCCAUCAGCUUCCACAUGAAGAGGAACCAGAACUUGCUGGAACCCCGACAGAAGCAACUUAUUUCUGCCGCCCAGCUGCGUUUAAAUUACCUACAGAUCCUUGGGGAACUCAAGACGUACGGUGGGAAAAUCUUUAAUGCUACUUUAAUGUUACAGGACAGAGAAUCCUACAUUGCCCUUCUGGUUGGAGCCAAGUAUGGCAUUAGCCAAAUUAUCAAUAGCAAACUCAACAUCAUGUCCACGUUGGCAGAGUUUGCCAACAUCAGCCGUGUAGAGCUGACGGAAGAGUCUGAGAAAGUGAGCGUGGUCAAAGUGUAUCUUCAGGAUGUCAAGGUUCUGACUUUGCUGCUGGAAUCCAACAGUGCAAAAGACCUAGCCUGCCUGAUUGCUGGGUACUACAGGCUGUUUGUCGACCCGGUGACCUCCAUUUUCCUCUGGCCGGGAAACAAACAGCAUGUGCACCGGGUGUCUGCUGAAGAAGGCUACGAGUCCAGGGCCUGCAGUGACUCCGAGGAGUCGUCCGAAGUGGACUGCGUGCUGGAGCCCCUCUCCGACGGACGCCUGCAGAAGCUGGGCCCCUGCAGACCGCUUACAGAGGAAGAGCAGCCUCCUGGGGACAGCUCCGUGCCUGCCGUGGCUGCGAAGGGCCCAAGCACUUGCGGGGCCAGCAGCACAACAGACAGUGCCGAAUCCGAGGCGUCCGACUCGGCCAACACUGAGAGCCGCGGCUGCAGGACCAGCGGCUCCAGUGAGUCCAUGGACGCCCUGGAGGAGGAUGACCUGGACGCCUGCUCCUCCAGCAGGUCCAGCUUCUUCCACCUGGGCUUGCCGGGCUUCCCGGAGAGUCUUGAUUCAGACAGCCAGGAGGAGAGAAGCAGGGUUGAAACCAGUGGCUUCCUCUGUCUCCUGGACCUGGCCCAGAGAGCCAACCCUCAGAGCCAGAAGACAGAGUUUUCUGAGAGUCCUGCUCCUGGGGCCUUCAGCUGGGGGCCGGAACUGAAUGCGCUCAGGCUGGACCCUCGGCUCUAUGAGGGCAGCCGGAUUGACUACUACAGCCUGUGUGCCAAUGUCUCCCCCGCCAGCCACGGGAGCGGUAGCUCUGACAGCACAGCUGCCCGGCAGGGUGGGGGCACAGCAGCCCUGGGCCAGCGGGGAGGGUCUGAGGCCCUGUCCAGCUCCGCGCUGCAAGCCCUGGCCCCAGGCCUGCCACUGGCCUUGGAGGAUGGCAGUUCCGACGAGGAAUACUAUGAUGCAGCUGACAAGCUCACACCCCCAGACGCCCUCUCCGGGCUCAGAGCUGCUUCCACUGUAGAAACCAGUGCCACAGGAUCACAGAAUGAAGCCAGCCGCUGCAGCCCUGAGGUCAGCCUGAAUCCUGGGCCAGACGGCAGACAGCCAAGCAGAAGGGGAGGGGCGAAGAAGUAUGCCAAGACCCUGAGGAAAAGACGGUCCUUCCUGCAGACCGACUACACCUGUCAGGUCUCGUUUCCCCUGGCGCCGUCAGCUUCCUUGGAGAGCGUGGACGACGUGUGCUACUAUGACCGGGAGCCCUGCCUGGCCCUCACUGCGCCCUCCCCAACUGUGUCCUCUCUGCAAGACGUGCAGGGUGAGCCCGGCGUCCUGGAGACCAAGGCCCUGGGGCUGCUGACUCCCCUGAGGGAGACCAAGAGCAAAAACCCAGCCUCCCGGGUCAUGGAGAUGGAGCCAGAGACCAUGGAAACCAAAUCUGUCAUCGACUCUCGAGUGUCAUCUAUUUCUGCCAUUCGCCUCCGGAUUGACCCUAACCAUAAAGAGAAUUCUGGGAUUGCCCCUCUGACCUCCAGUGUCGCCAGUUCCCCAGCAAACACCCCUCACGGUCUCAACCCAGGCUCAUCUGGCCCAGAUACCGCUCAGGCAGGGCUUCCCCAGACCUCAUCUCCGUUUCAAGACUUGAAUGGCAGUGGCCCCCGAGAACUCACCGUGGGGCUUGGGAACAGUGCCUCCUCCCUCUCCAGUGCUGAUGUGAACCCAGACAGCGUCUGCCUGACCGCCAGCCCGGGGCCACAUACUCUUGCUCAAGGAGACACCCUGGAGCUGGGAGGAGUUCAGUUGGAAAUAGGAUUGGGAUCUCUGUUUAUAAAUGAUAUGCCAGAAACUGCCCCCCAGGACACAGAGCCUUUGUUGUCUUCUCCAGACGGACCUAAAAGUGAUGAGUGCGGCAUAAAUUCGGAAGACACGAUGGCGUCUUUGCCUGCAGAGGAGGGGCAAGGACAACUAUCUCUGGAAUACAGUAGAGAAGUUACAAACAGAAACGACACCAGCUCAUUUCGUGAUGAGUCUGGGAAGGAUCCAGGUGACCCCAAGGUGGAUGGGUUGGAUGUUCUUCCUCAGACUCCUGGUGUCAGUGCUCCAGCUGGUGGCAUGGCAGCCUCCCUCUUCUUGGAGACUCCUAUUACAGGGACUGAGCAGACCCCACCAAGUUCCCCUACAGAACCCCAAGGACAAAGCAGAGAAAUUCUGGGUCAAGCCUGCCAGGCCCAAGAACAAAAACUAUUGGCAGAGUUGGAUUUUAAUACAGAUUUCUUGCUUAGGGACCAGACCAUUCCAUCAGCCUUCUCUCUAGAGGAGGUCAAGGCAGAGCCACCUAAUCACGUGACAGGGGAAGACACCACCCCUGGGGACAUUCCCCAGGGCGUCUCUUUGGAUCCAGGGCCUUCUCUGCCAGAGCCACUACCGUGUCCCCAUGAGGAGCCUCACUUAGAAGGUUCAAACCGUUUUUCGGUGCCAGAAAGCAAAGGCAAGAGGCCUAGCAUCUGCCUUCCUGCUGAGAAGUCUUUUCUGUGCUUUGCCCCAGAGAGCUAUCCUAAAGGUUCUGCCAGUCUCAGGACAGCCCCGUCUUUGGGGUUUGCAGGUGUGAAUGAGACAGGGGCCCCCAGGAUGGGCAUGGAGCAGUGCAGCUGCCAGUUUUCCUAUGCCACGUGCUUCCGGGGCCUGCAGCCAGAGACAGAGGAGGAAGGCAGAGACUCGGAAGCAGGUCCCACAGCCCCCCUUACCUCGCCGCCCUCUGCAGGAAGCCAGCUGAGCCUGCCCUGGAGGCCUGCCCGGGCCCACAGCUGCAGUGCCGAGCUCCCAUCGAGGAACAGCCACAUCUGGCCGGAGUACUGCUCCAGGGCGCUCAGACAGCUGAGAGCUGCCCCCGCCAGCAUCCCUGAGGGCUUCAUCCAACUCAUGGAGAGCUUGCUGGAAUUACAGGGCAUUUUAGAAGCUUCCUGGGGGAAUGGGAAUAAACACCCCCCCGAGAAGUGCACCUGGCACUUUGCUGAAAGCCGGAGCCGCCUCUGCAUGGGCUCCCAAAAGCUCCUGUCGAGCUGUCAGCACGUGAUCAGGAUGGACCAGACGCCGGAGGAGAUGCAGAGCGCUGUGCGGGACACCUUCCAGCACCUGGUCCAGCUGGCCGGCCUGUGCCUGCAGCUCACAGACUGCCGCCGCUGCUCCGGCCACCGCAGGGAGGCGGCCGGGAACCUGAGGGAUGUGGUGCACACCUACCACGAGUUUGUGGAGGCCGCUCGGCUGACCUGUGAGCGAGGCUACGGCGACCUGAGCGUGAAACUCUUGGCCCGUCAGUGCACGGCCCUCACGGCCGCCGUGUUCUGUUUGACCCAGAAGUUCCGGGCCUCCACCGCCCUGUGAGCAGGCCAGGCGCCCCGGCCCCCUGCUCUGCCCCGGACA